AUGAAGAUUCUCUUUCCGCUUUUUUCGCUCCUGGUGGUCCUGGUCGCUUCGGUUGCCACGUGUGACUGGGAUAUUCCCGGCGAUUUGUGCAACUACGACUAUCGAAUCGAUCUGACGCCCGAGAACGACGACAGACUCCACAAGAAGCUCGCAAAAGUCGAAGAGGAGCCCGAUUUCGAUGGGUACUUUGAUGUGAGUCUUGAAGUCUUCAGGACACUUAACGCUACCAUUUUUCUAGGCGGAGCAACUCGAAGACCCAAAGAACCGUCAAUUCUUCGGCGUUAUUGUCCGUUUCUUCAAGACCCUCUUAAAACUCGGCGCGAAAACGACACGGACCGUUGUGAAAACGGGCGCGAAGGGACUCGUUCGCAUCCGGAGAGUGGCGUCGAACCGCAAAUGGACGGGCAAAUCGUUUCCGAAAGAGCAGAAAUUGAUCGGAAAGUCGGCGCAGGUGGUCGAGCGGGACUCGGAGGGAAAGGACACGUGGCACAAGGUCUAUCAGUUCGCCGAGACCGAGCAGGGAUCCGGACUGCUCUACAGUAUCCGCGACGUGGUCACCGGGAACGUCGACGAGGGAUUCGAGACGAUGGCGGUGAACCCGCUCGAUCAGUGGGACGAGGUUAAUUGA